AUGGGCAUCUUGCCGAUGUUGUUCUCUAUGUUGGUACUCAGGUCACUAGGAGGCAAUGUGAGCAUCGGCUACCCCUUCGGCAUCGGAUCCAGGUGUUCCCGAGGGCCCGACUUCAACCUCACCUGCAACGAAACCGUGCAUCCCCCUAGACUGUAUCUGCGUGAUGGCAUCACCCAGGUGAUUGGCUUUGAAGAAUCUUUUUCAGGUAGUAACUCCAUCGCGGCCUUCUUCUCGCAUACCAUCCCCAUGCAACCUGGUGUCAGUGUCUACAACUUGUCUUUGGAACUGCCUGGGAAAUCCUUCUCGCGUGAGACAAUUAUUCUAAACAUUACUGGCUGUGACCUGGGGAUAUACUCUGUCGAAGACGAUGCCACCAGGUUGAUAUGCAGCACUGUGUGCCUGGAUCCAGGAAUUCCAGAGAUGGUGGCUAUGCACAACUGUGAAAGUACUUCCGGAUGCUGUCAUCUUUAUAUGGAGGGUAACACUAGUUUUCACCUCAAACUUGUCAAUAACCAUAGUAAAAGCAACAUUGGUGCACUCUCUAACCACACCUCUAAGCUGUGGGAUAGAAUCAGCAUAGCUAGUGAUGGGCCGAGUGGCCUUCUGCUAUGGUGGCAGAUAGUCGACCAAUCCAACUGUGUUGCUGCCAAGAAAAACAUGGCAGACUAUGCCUGUAUCAGCGAGCAUUCCGAGUGCUUUGACGGAAGCCAUGGCUACAUCUGCAUGUGCAACUAUGGCUAUACAGGCAAUCCCUACAUUCCAGAUGGUUGCUCCAAGCUCGACGACAGAGGGUAUAAUCCAAUUCCGAGCAGGGCUGAUUGCACCCAUUGGUGUGGUAACGCUAGUGUGCAAUUCCCAUUUGGCUUAGAAGAGGGUUGCUUUGCAAGUGAAGAUUUCCACCUCAACUGCACAAAUACGACGUCAUCAGCUGCCCUGAUCUUGUUGGAGGCGAAACAGGUCAUCGGCAUAAAUAUUGACGAAGGGACCGUUAAUGUCACCAGUCUUGACCAACAGGGGAUAUACAGCAUGACUGAAAAUUUUGUUUUUCCUAUUCCUGGGUCAUUCUCCUCUGCCCAAUGGGUUGCUGCUAAUCGAAGUUGUGCAGAGGCCCAACAGAAUAGGUCUAGAUAUGCUUGCGUGAGUAUUAACAGCAAGUGCGUGGAAGUAAGUGUUAAAGACCUCGAUUCUAUUGAUACAGUCUAUGUUGGUUACCGUUGCAAAUGUUCAGAUGGCUUCCAAGGAAAUCCAUACAUCCAAACCGGUUGUCAAGAUAUCAAUGAAUGCCUUCAACUGAACAAAUGUAAAGGGAUCUGCUAUAAUACCAAAGGAAGUUUUACUUGUACUGAAUGUCCUCGCAAGACUGAGUAUGAUCCACUAAAAAUGCAAUGUACUAAGAGGCAACAACCUCUGCUCUUAGGUAUAAUUAUUGGGUUGUCUUGUGGUUUCGGCACUCUAUUUCUGAGCUUCAGUGCAGCACUUCUCAUUCGUAGAUGGAAAAGAAAUGUUCAAAAGCAACUACGGAAGAAUUAUUUCCGGAAGAACCAAGGUCUUCUACUAGAAAUGUUGAUAUCAUCAGAUGAAACUGCAAAUGAGAAUACUAAGAUUUUUCCGUUAGUAGAGCUAGAGAAGGCAACAAACAACUUUGAUCCUACACGUAUCAUCGGCCGUGGGGGCCAUGGCAUGGUUUACAAAGGCAUAUUGUCUGAUCAGCGUGUUGUUGCAAUAAAAAAGUCUAAGAUCAUUGAGCAGUGUGAGAUCAGUCAAUUCAUUAAUGAGGUCGCAGUCCUCUCACAGAUAAAUCACAGAAAUAUUGUGAAGCUCUUUGGAUGUUGCCUUGAAACCGAGGUUCCACUACUGGUGUAUGAUUAUGUAUCCAACGGCUCACUGUCUGGAGUUCUUCAUGCAGAUGCAAGUGAUGGUUUUUCUUUGUCCUGGGGCGAUUGCUUAAGGAUUGCAAUCGAAACAGCAGGAGCUCUAUCUUAUCUCCACUCUUCAGCUUCUAUAUCAAUCUUCCAUCGUGAUGUGAAGUCCUCAAAUAUACUCUUAGAUGUGAACUACACAGCCAAAGUUUCAGAUUUUGGCGCGUCCAGAUUGGUUCCGAUUGACCAGACACACAUUGUCACGAAUGUGCAAGGUACAUUUGGGUACUUAGAUCCAGAGUAUUUCCAUACCAGGCAGCUGAACGGGAAGAGCGACGUCUACAGUUUUGGUGUGGUACUAGUGGAGUUACUUCUCAAAAUGAAGCCUGUAUUUACAAGUGAAUCAGGCACGAUAAAGAGCUUGUCAAACUAUUUUCUUGAGGAGUUUAGUGAGGGAAGAAUCACUGGCAUUGUUAACUCCCACGUCCUUGAGGAGGCAAUCGAGGAAGAGAUCAACACUGUCGCCUCUCUUGCAGAGCGGUGCUUAAGUCUGCGUGGUGAAGAGAGACCCACCAUGAAACAAGUGGAGACGGAACUGCAGACUCUGUGGACAAAACGGAUGAACUCAGCUCAGCCUGAUCUGAGAAAUGGAGAACAAAUGCAACCAAGGUCAUUAACUCGAAGGACUAGAUCUGCUCGGCAAUCGUUCGCACAACCAGGAGGUAGCCAACGACGCUAUAGCAUGGAGGCAGAGUUCUUGUCAUCUGCUAGCCUACCACGCUAG